GGGCUCUUGCUAUAUUGCCUAUACUGGUCUUGAACUGCUGGCCUCAGGCAGUCUUCCUCCCUUGGCCACCCAAAGAGAUGGGAUUACAAGCAUGAGCCACUGUGCACAGCUGAGGUUUUUCGACUUAGUCUUUUUGUACACCCAGUAUCUUAUAGAAUAUCCAUAAUAUAGAUUCAUAAAUAAACCAUUUCCUUCAAUGGUAUAAAUAAAUAAACCACUGCCAAAAAUGGUGGAAUUUUCUGAGUUAAGAGCAAUACAUAUGAUACAAAACUUGAUAUAUAGAGUUUCUUAGCCAAACUGGAGGGGCUGGCUUUAGGUGAUCCGUGGACUCCCUGAAAUUGGGGACACCAUUGGAAAUAUGUGUGAACUCAUGGGCAGUUUCCUAUGAUUUCCAGUCCUCAAAAUAUCUCUUGGACUCAAAGAUGCCUUAGGGCAGAGGACGCGUGUACCCCCAGUACAGAAUCUCAGACAGUGAAUGUCAGUAGACAUUCGGCAGAAAAGCUCUGCCAAAUUGAGUGCUCUGAUGUGACUUUUUCAUCAAGUCAAUGUUCCUGGGAUCUCUUGUACAUGAUAAUCUCACUCUUGUAAGGUUUCAUCGUUUCUGCUUACCCUACUUUUCUUUCCCAUCCUGAUCCCUCUCCCACCAGACCGGACUCUGAAACGGGCAUGUACAGAGAAGAGGAGACCCCAAUACGCUUCAAGCUUUGAGCGGAGAGGACACAGCCUCUGCUGGGACAGGGAACAGAGGGAUGCGGAGACCCUGAAGAUGCUUUUGGACAGUGGUCUGAGGUUGGGACAGUGGCAGGAGAUACCAUUCACCCAGGAUCUCCAGGACAAGAGAUCAGCCUGGCAGUUACAUGUGUUUUUGUUCAAACUAGUUGCCAGGUUGGCAUGAACGAUGACAUCAGAGAUUCCGACCUUCCUGAUUGGAGGGACCGGACUCUGUCGGCACCUGGCAGUUCAGUUGGACAACAGUAACUUCUCAGAGCUGUUCUCCACUCCUGACUUCUCCCAGCCUCGAGAAUUGAUAACACACUCUUCUGGAUCCCAGCAGUGUCCAGAAGAAGACCAAGGACAGAACAGAGACUAGGUUCGGUGAGAUGGGACAGAUUUUGGGAAAGAUCAUCAUGAGCCAUCAACCGCAGCCCCAGGAAGAGCAGAGCCCCCAGCGGAGCACCUCAGGGUACCCCCUCCAGGAGGUGGUGGAUGAUGAAGUGUCGGGACCAUCAGCCCCUGGGGUAGAUCCCAGCCCCCCACGUAGGUCCCUUGGCUGGAAAAGGAAGAGGGAGUGUUUGGAUGAAUCUGACGAUGAGCCAGAGCAGGAGCUCGCCCCUGAGCCUGAGGAGACCUGGGUGGCGGAGACGCUGUGUGGCCUCAAGAUGAAGGCGAAGCGACGGCGAGUGUCGCUCGUGCUCCCUGAGUACUACGAGGCCUUCAACAGGCUGCUUGAGGAUCCUGUCAUUAAAAGAUUCCUGGCCUGGGACAAAGAUCUGAGGGUGUCGGACAAGUAUCUCCUGGCUAUGGUCAUAGCGUAUUUCAGCCGGGCCGGCCUCCCCUCCUGGCAAUACCAACGCAUUCAUUUCUUCCUGGCUCUCUAUCUGGCCAAUGACAUGGAGGAGGACGACGAGGCCCCCAAACAAAACAUCAUCUGCUUCCUGUACGAGGAGACCCGCUCUCAUAUAUCCUUGCUCCAUGAGCUUUGGUUCCAGUUAUGCCGUUACAUGAACCCGAGGGCCAGGAAGAACCGCUCUCAGAUAGCCUUGUUCCGGAAGCAUCGGUUCCACUUCUUCUGUUACAUGCACUGCAGGGCUUGGGUUUCCCUGGAGGAGUUGGAAGAGAUCCAGGCUUAUGACCCAGAGCACUGGGUGUGGGCGCGAGAUCGCGCCCACCUUUCCUAGAGCUCCAGGGACCGUGGAGGCCUGAGGUCAUCGGCCUGAGAGAAGGUACAUCUGCAUCCUCCGGGGUAAAGGCAGAAUAUUGGGGUCUAUUUCGGAAAUCCAAGGAACCCAAUUGCUUGAUCUGGCUUCAAGCCUGGGCAACGUGGCGAGAUCCCCUCUCCACAAAAAUACAAAAAUUAGCCAGGCGAUGUGGGAGGCAUCUCUACUCCCAACUACUCAGGAGGCUGAGGCAGGAGGAUCGCUGGAGCCUGGGAGGUCGGGGCUGCAGGGAGCCCUGAUCCUGCCACUGCACUCCAGCCCGGGUGACAGAGUGAGACCCUGCCUCAAAAAUAAUCAUAAAUACUGAGUUCGGGGAGGUUCAUUAUGAUUGACGCACUUGAGUUACCGAUUUGGGUCGAGGGUUCAGUGAAGCUUUGGUUUACAUCUUGUGCAGCUAACCAUGUUGAGCACAGAGCAUGAGACUUCGUCAUGAGGAGGGAGGAUUAUGGAUUAGGCUUCUGGACUCGUGGUUCCUGAUGUUGUCACAUUAGAAACAGAUCUAGCACGGUUACAAGUUUAGAUCUGAAGUGACACAAAAGGCCCCAGCUGUGAUGAAGUCCAAAGCCACAUUCUCUGAGGGUGCCCUACUCCCUGGGAAGACCCACCCAAAGUCCUUGCUAUGAAGCAGAGCACUGGGGCUGACCUUGGGUGUAUUAAGUUUUGGAGUCAGGGUCACCAAAGUGUGAGUUUCACAGUUGAACACGAUGGUUCAGAAGCAGGGUAUAGAAUGAAAGGCAGGAGAUAAAAUUGCACUUCUCAAUUGCUCUGAACUCUAGCUAGACUUGACAUGGGACGUGAAUAACCUUCCUGUCUAGAGAGCUGCCUCCUUGAGGUGUGACAUUGUCUCUCUCACUUCCAGAACACCGGACCCAGGGGAGAUGUGGAUUUUCAGCAGGAACUUUAUUCCAGUGCUAAUGGCAGACAUCAGGAAGGAGGAGAGGAACCAUUUGUGCAGAUCAUCUAGAAGAACCUGGACCAUUCUUGACAGAGCUGAAUACAGUGAUCACGUUGUCCUCCAAGGAGCAGGGGUGGGGUGGGGUACUUCUAGGAGUCCUUGGAGAAAAGUAAGAAACCAGGAGUGUUUCCAGUUCCACCGUUUCCUGCGGCACCACCUCCCUUUUUAUAUUGCUGAAUGCCAACCUCCCUGGGACGGAACCUGGAGGUCCUGUUUCUUACGGACUUGCUUGCCACAGUCCAGGAGCAUUUGAAGGCACAGUGCAGGGGCUCAGAUUGGCACAGAAUUCUUUGUGAAAUAUGAGUGCCACAGACUGUAACAGAUAGCUUCAUGCACACUAUGCAUUUUAUUGGUUUGUUUGGAAAAUGUUGGCCAUUGAAUUAUUAAUAGGUUUAUUUCAAAUAGUUUGGAAAUUGUUGUACUUUUGAAAACAUGCUGUUCCUGUAGAGUUUUUUGAUGAGAGUUAUAGUUGUUAUAUAUACAUAAAGAUAAUUUUCUUUUCAUUUUUAAGUGAGAAUUCUUUUUAUCCUAAAUCUUUUAUUAUCUUUAAAUUUUUUUCUGUAUUAUUAUAUGUGCUCCUGAAGCGAGCACUCUUUUUAUCUAUGAUACUUCCAUAAUAAUCUCUUCUAUUUAUAGCUAUUGGUAGUUCCCCACCAGAAAAAAACAUAAUUCUGGUGAUAGAAAUUUUUAUUUGCUGUUUAGGUUUGUGACUGAAUUGUGAGAAUUCCGUUGUGAUUUUUAACAUGUCUCAGAUAUAUAUACUAACACGUCUAAUAUAUACUAUCUAUUUUAUUGGUUUAUUUUGAAAAACAUGGGUAUAGAAUUAUUUAAAUAUUAUUUUAUUUAUUGAAAUAUUUAUUAACUAUAUUUAUUUAUUUAAAUAUUAUUAUUACUUUAAAUAUUAUUUUAAAUAUUUUGGAAGUACUGGUAUUUUUGAAUAGAUGCUGUUUCUAUAAAGCUGUGUGAUGGGUGUUAUAACUGUUGUAUACACAUACAUAUAAUUUUGUUUUCCUUUUUAAGAGAGGAUUCUUUUCAUCCUAAAUCUUUUACCUUUCAAUGUUGGUAUCUAUUAUUACACGUGCUGCUGAAGGGAGCAUGGUUUUUAUCUAUGAUACUUAGUUAACAUAUAUAUUACAUUUAUAGCUAUGUGGUAGUUCCCCUAAAUUCUUGUAAAAAUAAAUUUUUAUUUGAUAUUUAGUGUAUGUUUGAAAUGUGAGAAUUCAGAUGGAAUUUUUUAUCUUGUUUUGGCAUGUUUGUAUGUUACUUUAAAGAGGAUGUGUGUUCUAAAGGAGGACACGAGCUGUGUGUUUUCAAGAGAACAGUGCAGUGCAUCUCUUGGGGAAACAUAAUAAAGAUGAACUUUUCUCACCUUCA